GUUGCGUCUAUUCGCAAAGAACUGGUUGAGCUGGGCGAGCCCAUCCUGCUGUUUGGAGAAUGCCAUCAAGACACGCUAGAGAGACUGGAGAAUAUCAAGGCAGCCAAAGAACGAGCGAGCAAUACAAAUGAGUCUAUACUUGCAGCUGCAUAUGGUACACCCACUGGACUUGAUGAUUUAACUCUAGAGAAGCUUGAGAUUUCCUUGCCUGCCAAACCUGAGCAGCUCAUUGCAUUUUUGAGACUACAGCUUAAAGCGUGGCAAGUACACGAUAAGGACACAGAUGAAGAGAAACGAUACACAAUGGCACGCGAACAUCUAGCACGACUUAUCAUGCGACUACAAGCGGACAACCUGCCACCAGACGUGAUGAAGAACUUGACACUGCUCUGUCGGGCGUGCCUCAAGCGCGACUUUUCAGCAGCCAAUUUGAGUUACCUCAACAUCAGCAUCGGCAAUGCUGCCUGGCCUGUUGGUCUCACAUAUACUGGUAUUCACGAACGCGCUCAGAGAGAAAGGAAGAGUCAUGAAAUCAACACGGCACAUGUGCUAGAUGAUGAGAGCACGCGGCAGUGGCUGCAAAGUCUAAAGCGUCUCUUGACAUUCAUUGAGAGUCAG